AUGGCCAUAACGCCGGACCCCGUACCACGCGGCCCUGUGACGGCAACCAUCAACUUCUCCCACCGCCCACCACCGGGCGUGGUAGCCGUGAACUACGUCGAGGACCCGCCGCCGGGCGAGCCAAAGCGCAACGUGGACACCAACCCGCAGGACGUGCUGCUCACCGACAUCCGGGGGUCCGAGUCGCAGUACAACCUGGACACGGACGCCUUCGCGGCCAUCCGCGGCGUGCCCGAGUCGGCGGAGCGCGACUUCGCCGACGACGAGAGCAUCCGAGCCAGGUACUACCCGGAGGUGGAGCGGCUGCUGCUGGAGCACGUGCCGGGCAGCACCCGGGUGUUCCUAUUCGACCACACGAUCCGGCGGGCGGUGCCCGGGGCCAAGCGGCAGCCGGCCAUGGCGGCGCACAUCGACCAGACGCCGCAGUCGGCAGCGCAGCGGGUGCGGCGGCACAUGGGGGACGACGAGGCGGCGGCGCUGCUGCGGGGCCGCUACCGCAUCGUCAACGUGUGGCGGCCGCUGAACCGGGCGCCCGUCGAGUCGAACCCGCUGGCGUUCGCGUCGUCGUCGACCUUCCGCUCCGAGGACGCCAUCCCCGUCGAGCACCGCUACCCGACCGGCUACACCGGGCAGACGGCCAUGAUCGCCCACAACGAGGACCAGCGGUGGUACUACUGGAGCGGCAUGACGGGCGACGAGCGGCUGCUGCUCGAGUGCUUUGACAGCGAGGGCAUCAGGGAGGGAAGUGGCGUCAAGGGUGGCCGGGUGCCGCACACGGCGUUCGCGGAUCCUAGGACACGUGAGGGUGCCGAGCCCCGGGAGAGUAUCGAGGUCCGAGCGCUGGUCUUUGGCCCGUAA